AUGAAGAGAUUAAUUUGUAUCCUACUGCUGUUAGAAACCUUUGUGUUUGCUGUACAGCAGCAGGUAGAUGGAGGACGCAGUGAGAAUGAGAUCAGUCCACAGCUCAGCUCUGAGGACAGAAGACAGAAUCCAACUCAGACAGACACUGUGAGAGCUGAAACUUUAAAUGACAGCCAACAAAAUUGCCAUCUGUACUUCCCUGACAUCCAUGCAGCCCUGAGAGAACUGACGGCCACGGUUACAGAGCAGAAAGCAAACAUCAGAGCUUUAGAGACACGACUGAGGGAUGCUGAGCAAGCUGCAGAACAACAGACACUCCUCCUGGAAGAGCUGAACAAGAAAAAUGAUGAAAUUUCAAACCUUACUCAGAGUCAAGUGGAGGAGUUGAGAAAGGAAAACAGAGACAGACAGAUAGCUUUUUCAGCUGCACUGAUGCAAUCUACCAGUGGAAAUGUUGGUCCCUUUACCACUGACAUCACACUAACCUACAGGAACGUCUUCACAAACAUAGGAAAUGCCUACAACCCAAUUACAGGUAUUUUCACAGCCCCACUGAAAGGAGCAUACAUGUUCAGAAUCUCUGUGCAUGGUACAGCAAUCCAAACAUAUCCAUCAACUGUCUCUAUUAUUAAGAAUGGAGAGCAUGUAGUUACAGCACAUGCUCAUCAGGCUGUGAAUGUGGUAAACUCCUCAAAUGGAGUUGUGUUGCUCCUGGAGGUUGGAGAUGUCAUCUUUGUGAGACUUUUGGCAAACAGGAGGAUAUCAGAUAGCCAGAAUAACUACAACACAUUCAGUGGCUUCCUAUUGUUUCCCUUAAAGUGACAGUAACUUUGCAGAAUGUGCCUCAAAUAAUCCUGAACCUUUAACAUAAUGAAGAACCACUGAAACUG